UUUUAAUUAAAAGUAACUAGUGAUUUUAAAAGUUUUCAAUUGUGUCAAUUAUUAAAAAGUGAUAUAUUUUAAAAUAUAAUUUAAAUUUCAAGCAAGAGCAAGAUCGGUCUAGAUUGAAGUAGUUUUGCUGAAACACACGAGUUCUGGCAGGAUAUUCACGGUAAACGGUCGAAAUGUUGACGGGAUGGCGUUUGGUUCUGUCGAAACUAUUCAUAAUACCGCAGCGAUAUGUGCUGGCCAUCAUGGGACUGCUGGCUAUCGCCAAUGCGUACACAAUGAGGGUGUGCCUUAACCUGGCUAUAACUCAGAUGGUCAAGAGAAAUGUGGCAGUGGAAGGUGACGCGCAUUACGACCCAGACGCCUGCCCUGACUUGUCUGUCGUCACCAACAGCUCAGCAAGCUUUAAGGACUUCUACAGGGCUGAUGAACCCACACUAUUCCAAUGGAGUGAAGCCACUCAAGGUUUGAUCCUGGGCUCGUUCUACUAUGGAUAUGUAAUCACCCACAUUCCUGGAGGGAUGUUGGCUGAACGUUUCGGUGGUAAAUGGGUGCUGGGUUUGGGCCUUCUGUCUACCGCCAUUUGCACCUUCAUCACCCCGAUCACAGUGAAGACUGGAGGUGCCACCGCGCUAUUCAUCUUGAGAGUUAUUGAGGGACUUGGAGAGGGUCCCACAAUGCCAGGUCUAAUGGCUAUGCUCUCCAAAUGGGCGCCAAAGCCUGAACGAGCAAGAAUUGGAGCCAUCGUCUUUGGAGGCGCACAGAUCGGUAACAUCGCCGGCUCUUAUUUUUCUGGUCUGAUCAUGCAUGAAGGAAGUUGGGAGAACGUCUUCUAUAUGUUUGGAGGUCUUGGGAUUGUGUGGUUCGUUCUUUGGACCCUUCUCUGCUACAGUACACCAAACACCCAUCCUUUCAUAUCGGACAGCGAGAAGAAAUUCCUGAACCAAAACGUAGACUCGUUGGCGCACAACAAGCAGCGGCAGUUGGACCCGAUCCCUUGGAAGGGUCUCCUCAGAUCUGUACCCUUAUGGGCCCUUAUUAUUGCUGGCAUUGGACACGAUUGGGGCUACUUCACGAUGGUGACAGAUCUGCCAAAAUACAUGACAGAUGUCCUCAAGUUUAACAUUAAGGCGACUGGUACCCUCUCAGCAUUGCCCUAUGUUGCUAUGUGGAUUUCGUCAUUCUUGUUCGGUCUUCUUUGCGAUUUCUGCGUUAAGAGGAACUACCACAGCAUUCUCACAGCCAGGAAGAUUUAUACUACUAUUGCCGCAACUGGUCCAGGUAUCUGCAUCCUCCUAGCUUCGUACUCAGGCUGUAACACCACGUUUGCCGUCAUGUGGUUCAUCAUUGCCAUGAUACUCAUGGGUGCCUACUACAGUGGAAUGAAGAUCAACCCUCUCGACAUCUCUCCGAACUAUGCUGGUACCACAACAGCAAUGGUCAACGGGAUCGCUGCGAUAUCUGCCAUCAUCUCGCCAUAUCUGAUUGGACUUUUAACUCCAGAUUCUACGUUAAAGCAAUGGCGAGUAGCAUUCUGGGUGUGCCUUGGCGUACUGGUUGUAACCAACGUGAUCUACCUCAUCUUCGCCAAGGGAGAUCAACUCUGGUGGGAUGAUGUAAGGAAACAUGGCUACCCCACUGACUGGAAGCACGGGCCUCUGCCCACAAGAGAAACUGACUCCGAGAAAUCAAAAUCAAAGACAGAGAAAGAAGAGAACGAAGCCAAGAACUAAAACACCAGACUGUUAUUAAUUUGUACAUAUACUUAAGUUUUUUAUGUAAGGAAUAAAUAUUUAUUAUAUA